GUGGGAUUGGGGGUUCUGGGUGAUUUCUGGGGUGGAUUUGGGGCAUUUUUGAGUGAUUUGGGGGUUUUCUGGGGUCGAUUUGGGUGGGGAAGGCAUACUCGGGGGUGCGAGGAGUGUAAAGGAAUGGGAGGACCAGGAAGGAGGAAGGGCUGAGCACAAGGUUGUGCUGAGGUCACUGCAAAGAUGCUCUAGAGAAACCGAUGCUUCGUUAGCAUGAUAAAACACCAACCCCCAGGAGUGGUGAUCGGAGGUGAUAAGGAGCGACGCCCUGGCCCUGGUCGGGGGAACAGCCUGAGAGUUGGGCUCUUCCCAGUGCCCAGUUUCAGUUCCCAGUGCUUCUUCAGUGCCCUGCCUUGCUCGUGCGGAGAUGCGCACGCUUGGAAGGUCGUGAGCAAGGGGAUUUGAUUUGCAGAAUCCAACUCCAUCACCCGAGAUUAAGUUCUAAAGCAGGCUCCAGCUAAACUUCUGCCUUUCACCUGUGAUCAGUGCAGCCUGCAGGAGAGCAGGAGAUGGCCACAGCCCAUCCAUCUCAGGAGCCCGUGAGCUUUGCGGAGGUGGCCGUGUAUUUCAGCAGGGAGGAGUGGGCGCUGCUGGAGCCUGCGCAGCGAGCGCUCUACCGGGACGUGAUGCUGGAGACGUACGAGUGCGUGGCCUCGCUGGCUCCACUUCCAGCCCCUAAACCCGUGGUGAUCUCCCAGCUGGAAGGAGGGGAAGAGCCCUGGAUCCCAGCUGUGCACAGCCCAGAGGUCGUGGCAGAAGGCUUUUGCCCAGCAGGAGGUGGGAUCACAAAUAGAAAGGAGGAUCUGCAGAGCAGUGGUGUGGCUGAAAGGCAUUGGGGUAGUGGCUCUGUGGAGGAAAUGCAAAGGGAUGUCCGUGGGGGCCUGGAGCAAGGAGAGCACUUGAAGAAGCCACUGGGAAACCAUCCAGGAAAGAGAGUGAGGAACGCGCUGGGCUGCAGCACAGGUCAGGAGCAGCUGGAAGACGUAAGGAGCAAGGAAGAGUGCCAGAAGAAAAGGCAGAAUCGGUGUGAUGAGUCUGGGAAAAGCAUUAAGAGGAAUUCCAGCAGUGUUAACCAUGAAAGUAUUCGGCCUGGGGAGAGACUAUGCAAGUGUUGUGAUUGUGCAAAGAGCUUCCGAAGGAGUUCUGACCUCAUUGUCCAUCAGCGCAUCCACACAGGAGAGAGACCCUACAAGUGCCCUGAGUGUGGGAAGAGCUUCAAAACCAGUAGUGAACUCACUGUCCACCAGCGCAUCCACACAGGAGAGAGACCCUACAAGUGUGCUGAGUGUGGGAAGGGCUUCAAAAGCAGUAGUGAACUUAUCCGCCACCAGCGCAUCCACACAGGAGAGAGACCCUACAAGUGUGCUGAGUGUGGGAAGGGCUUCAGACGCAGAACUGGACUCAUCAUCCACCAGCGCAUCCACGCAGGAGAGAGACCCUACAAGUGCCCUGAAUGUGGGAAGGGCUUCAGAAGCAGUUCGAACCUCAUCCACCACCAGCGCAUCCACACAGGAGCGAGACCCUACAAGUGCCCUGAGUGUGCAAAGAGCUUCAAAAGCAGUAGUGAACUCAUCAGCCACCAGCGCGUUCACACAGAAGAGAGACCCUACAAGUGCCCUGACUGUGGGAAGGGCUUCAAAAGCAGGGCUGAACUCAUCCGACACCAGCGCGUCCACACAGGAGAGAGGCCCUACAAGUGCCCUGAGUGUGGAAAGGGCUUCAAAGUGACUGCACAUCUCAUCAUCCACCAGCGCAUCCACACAGAAGAGAGACCCUACAAGUGCCCUGAGUGUGGGAAGGGCUUCAGAAGCAGUAGUGAACUCACUGUCCACCAGCGCAUCCACAAUUGAGAGAGACCCUCCAAGUGCCCUGAGUGUGGGAUGGGCUUCAAAAGCAAUUCUUCCCUCUACUCCCACAAGUACAUCCGCACAGGAGACACAUUGUAGCAGUGCCCUGAGUUUGUGAGAAGCUUCACAAGCACUUCCAGCCUCAUUACCUACCUGCACAUCCACACACAACACAGAGCCUGCAAGUGCUCCCAACAGGAUGCACCUUUCCCUGACAGUGAGUGCAUGGCUUCAUCGAAUGGAGUCGUGGUGUAGAGAGCAGGCAGCUCUUGGUGUAAAGAAUACGUGUCCCAGUGGGCGUUCACUUGAAGAUAGCACCGUGAGCCCAGCAGGGAAUAGUGCAUGUGAGUGAGAGCAGAGAAAUAUCAACUCUGGCCAUGUUCAGGCACCUGACCUUGGUUGUAGGGCAGACCCGAUCCCUCCAAUUCCCUUCCUUAUUCUGGAUUUAUCUGAUGAUACAUCAGAUACAUGAUCUGAUGUAUCUGGUAGCUUUUGGAGUCAGUGGUGAAUUACCAUGAGCACAGCGGUAAGAGGAUGGAAGUGCUGUUUCUCCUGAGGAACAAAAUGUGGGUACCCUGACAACCAGCUGCUGCCCCGGUAACAAAAAGGAUGCUAUGGAGAGGAUAAAAACCCAAAGAGUUCUAAGGAAGAACGGGUACCCCCUCCUCUGAACUGCAGUCGUGCAGGUCAACAAGACGUCACUGACCAACUUGCUGCCUCCUACGGACCAACGAGACGUUGCUGGAUCCCUGGUGCUGACUAUCCCCACUCUGUAAACCGUUCGCUAGAAUUUCUCUCUUUACUAUCGCCAGCUUCCCCGUCUCCCCCAUCUCCCUGAGUUGCUUAGACCUUGUAAUAAAUCAGCUGGACAACACUG